CGUAAAAUACAUUGCCAAUUAAGUAUAAUUCUAAAUAAACACAUGAUUACCUCACCAUAAAUGGCAUUUGCUUGUUGCAUCCUUCACUUCCUACGCUAUCCAACCGAUAUCACAUACCUACCCUAACCCCCGCCUUCUUUUAAGGUGAAGGUUAUGGAAGUUUCGAACGGUUCUCUUGGUCGUUAGUUUUGUUCUUAGUACGGUUCGAUUUACAUGCUUUCACGCAUCGGUAACCCUCGGAAGGCAAAAGUUUAAAUCGAACAUGAAAUUGCUCCUUACCUGUGCGGAGGAAUCCUCGGUGCAUGGUUUGGCGCAUUUGGUUGCACAAAAUCGGCAUUGGGCGGAAAAGCUGCUGUGGGCAGUCAUUUUGAUAUUUUCUAUUUACUGCUCGUACGGUAUUUGUCUAACCACAUGGACACGGUAUCAAGAAAGCCCAACGGUUCUGACCUUGGAAACUGACUACAGAAGGUGGAUGUAUCGCCGACCGGCGGCCACGGUUUGCCCUAUGCAAGUUGAUCAGAACCAGCUGCAGCAGAUGAUUAAGAAGUGUGUGAACAGUGGUUUAAGCUAUAGAAUAUUCUCAAUCUUUUUUUUUACAAACGCUAGAAUCUGGAAUGUUGACGAGCAACAUGAAAAAUACCAAUACUACAGCCAGUAUCUGGAGACCAUUGCCAAUGCUACUUACCAGAAUUUAGAUACGUUUGAACCCUACAAAAAUGACAAAACCUUGAACUCGAUCGACAUGCUGGAAGUGGCUCGGAAUAUAAAGUAUGAAUUCAUCCCUUCCAGUGAAUACUUACCCGUCAUCACAGAAAUGGGAGUUUGUUUCUCGAGCUCAAACUUGUCGUACAUUCAAAAGGUUAGUGAUGCAAUAGAUUACAAAAAUCGCACAUGGCCAGACAGUUGCUAUUCGUUUGAUUUGUGCAAAUCUGGCAUCAAGCGAAACGCCUACGGAAAAAUGAGAAUAUUUAUGUACGUCCAUUCUGAAGACGAAGUCAUGAUGGCGUCCAAUAUCAUCAAAACCGAAAUGAAGGAUUCCGAACAGAUUGAGAUGGUACUGUGGGUAGAGCAAAUUGUAUCAUCUAGUAACUUAAAACAUCUGACGCCCGCUCGAAGAAAGUGUGUUUACCCAUAUGAAACUACAUCGUAUUACAAGCUACAUACACCAAACUUAUGCAAAAUGGAUUGCCGAAUCAGAAAAGCUCUUCAGGCAUGUGAUUGUAUACCAUAUUUCUACAAUAUAGGUAAGCAUUUGAUCAAAAAGAGUAUAGUUUCCAAUUUGAAUAGCAUAAUUUAUCCGAAAUUGAAGAUGGCCUCCGAAAAUGUGAUGCCACCGGAAUGCUUCGAAAACUAUGUAUCAUUUGGAGGCGCUGCUGCAUUAUUUCUGGGAUGUAGCUUUCUCAGUGGCAUAGAAUUCAUAUAUUUCUUUUUGGAAUAUACAGCUACAAAGUGUCACAAUACUCAGAGAACUAAGCGAAACUGUUGAACAUAAAGUUUUGAAUAAUCAACUACGCACCGACAUAU